AUGGUGCAAAUAAACGCAAUCGAAGAGCUCACACGGACCGAGUCUCUAACCAAAGUAGCUGAUGAGGAUCUGAAGCGGGAAAGGGACCUGGAGGAGGGUUCAACUUCAGUCGAAUUCGAUGACAAUGUUGACAAUGAUCCCAAUAUCGUCAACUGGGAUGGUCCUGACGAUCCAGAAAACCCCCAGAACUGGUCAAUGAAGAAGAAGACUAUUACAGUAAUAAUAGUUUCGUCUGUGACAUUCGUCACUCCACUGGCUUCUUCCAUCUUCGCGCCUAGUAUCGAGCAAGUUAUGACAGAGUUCCAUUCUACGAAUUCGCAAGUGGCAUCUUUCAUCGUCUCAGUGUACCUCCUUGGAUAUUGUUUCGGUCCGUUAGUCAUCGCUCCUCUAUCCGAAAUGUACGGUCGUCUUCCACUCUACCACGCUUGCAAUGUUCUCUUCGUCAUCUUCAACGUAGCUUGUGCGUUGGCCCCGAACCUAGGUGGUCUCAUCGCAUUCCGCCUUCUUGCUGGACUUGCUGGCUCGUGUCCACUAACCAUUGGAGCUGGGUCUUUGGCCGAUAUUAUCUCAAGAGAAAAACGUGGCGCUGCCAUGUCUUCGUGGGCUCUUGGGCCUCUUUUUGGACCGGUUAUCGGACCAGUUGCUGGCGGAUACCUUUCACAAGCCAAGAGCUGGCGAUGGUCUUUCUGGGUUGUCUCUAUUCUGAGCUUAGGGGGCCAUUUUUUUCUGGUACCCAGUAGCUACGACGUUGGCCAUGGAGCAAAUCUGACUCGUCUAAAGGCCGGUGCAAUUACAAUCAUGGCAUUUGUGUUCAUGAGAGAGACAUAUGCAUAUACUAUUCUCGAUAAGAAGGCCAAGAAGCUUCGUAAGGAAACAGGAAACCCUAAGCUACGCUCUGCUCUCGCCAAAGAUAUCACUACGAAAGAACUCUUCAGCAUGGCCAUGGUGCGGCCGACAAAGAUGCUCUUGUUUGCGCCUAUCGUGUCGCUCUUAUCGCUUUAUAUGGCACUCGUUUACGGUUAUCUCUAUCUCCUCUUUACAGCCAUUCCCACCUUGUUCGUCAAAGAAUAUCAUUUCUCCAGCGGGUCGGUUGGUCUUUCUUACCUGGGAAUUGGUGUAGGAUCCUUGAUAGGACUUGUUAUUUCCGGGGCGAUGUCAGACCCGUUGGUCAACUACUUGACCAAGAAGAACGGGGGAGAGCGUAAGCCAGAGUACCGACUACCACUUAUGGCUGCAGCUUGCUUCAUGGUCCCAGCCGGUCUAUUUAUGUUUGGGUGGUCUGCCGAGGCCAGAACUCACUGGAUCGUCCCUAUUAUUGGCACCUCUUUCUUGGGGGUUGGUAUGAUCAUCGUGUUUAUGUGCAUCUCAGUCUACCUAGUUGACGCAUACAUCGAGUAUGCUGCUUCUGCUAUUGCUGCAAGUACCGUACUCCGAUCACUAGUCGGAGCACUAUUGCCCCUGGCUGGAGGAAGUAUGUACAAGAGCCUCGGUUAUGGUUGGGGAACUUCGGUGCUGGGCUUUGUUGCAGCAGCAGCAAUUCCGUUGCCGCUGGUCUUCUACAAGUACGGAGAGAGAAUUCGAAGCCGGAAUCUAUUCGAUGUCAAGCUUUAA